AUGGGUGAAGAUUUAGAGACUGAAAAACUGAGGAUUAUGGGCUCUUUGAAGAUGAUGUUAGUUGUGGUGAUGGCGAUGGUCACAGCGGUGAUGGGCGGAGUUGUUUAUAAAGUUGGUGAUGAUGCCGGUUGGACAAACAUUGGUCAUGUUGAUUAUAAGACUUGGGCUGCUACUAAAUUGUUUCAAGUUGGUGACACCAUAUUAUUUCGUUAUGACAAAGAAUUCCACAAUGUUGUUAGAGUUACAUACCACAAUUUUGUGACAUGUAACGGCACCACUCCAUACAACACCUUAACUUCCGGCAACGACUCUUUUCCGAUCAAAUUUCCCGGCCAUUAUUAUUUCAUUUGCACCGUUCCCGACCAUUGCCAAGCCGGUCAAAAAGUUGAUAUCCGUGUACCGCCCGCCGGCGCACGUUCCUCCCCUUCGCCGUCACCAAUCACCACCCCUUCGCCGUCACCCAUCCCCGCCCCACAGCCGUCUCCUAUCGCCGGUGACAGCCCCGCCCCCAUUCAACCACUUCCGUUCCCCUACCCACCACCAACACCUUCUCCGGAAAUCUCUCCUGCGCCAGCACCUGAAAAAACUCCGGCGAGGGAAAAUUCUCCGGCACCAAUAUUGCCUAAGGAAUCGCCGGCACCAACCACGGAAGGUCCGGCACCGGACAUUGCACCAACUUCGGCGAAAAGCAAUGCGAGACAACUAGGAAUUGGGAUGCAGUCGUCAACGACCUUGCUCCCUAUAGUGUCCCCAUCGAAGAGACAUCGACGAUCGGUCGAAGUUCUCUUUAGGGAGAGACCUUAA